AUGAGUAAGCUUGGUCGCCCUGAGGCGGACGGCUCCUUAAGCAUAACCACAACUAUGCAAGCGAUCAAUGACAAGAUUGUCUCGCUCAACUAUGAGAACUUGAGAGCUGAGAUCAAGUCAGUGGAUGCACUAGAAUCGUAUAAUGGUGGAGUUAACGUGCUUGUAACUGGUCAUCUUACAGGGCAGGAUAACAUAGUUAAAAAUUUCGCUCAAUCCUUCUUUCUUGCUCCACAAGACAGGGGCUUCUUUGUUUUGAAUGAUAUGUUUCGGUAUGUUGAUAAUAUCACCGUGAACCCAGUUGUAGUCAGUGAUGUUUUGGUGCUGCCUCCACCAGAGCAAGUCGAUGACAAUCAUAUUUCUGAACAGAGUACACCAUCUGCAGAGGAUGAAGCCAUUGCAGGUGAAGUUUACAACCCACCUGAGAAUGGCAAUGGUGUGCCCGUUGCCGAAGAGGAAGAAGUCCCUGUACCUGAGGUCGUUGAUGCGGUGCAGGAUGAUAUAGAGCAGGUGGUUGUACCCAGGAUCAAAAGUGAUGAAGUUCCCAAGAAGUCUUAUGCAUCCAUUGUGAAGCAUCUCAAGGAAACUGCUGGAAGUUUCUCGCCCCCUCCAGUGGUUCCUAGAAAAGCACCACAAAUGAGCGUGGAGCAAGUGAACCCCACUGUGGUCCCGACACCUAAUGGACCAGUUUCAAGCUUUGAUUCUGUUGAGAUUGAACAUGACGAAGAGGAAGAAGGCAUGAUUCAGAAUCGCUUAUUUGCAUUUUCAUGUUUACAGAUUCCUGUCAUUAGAUCCUCAGGUGUCCUUGCUGAUGGUUACUCGAUAUAUGUUAAGGGACUUCCAAUGAAUGCUACUGAAGCCUUACUUGAGGAAGUCUUCAAGAAAUUUGGUACUAUCAAGAAAGAUGGGAUUCAAGUUAGAAGCAACAAGCAACAAGUGUUUUGCUUUGGCUUUGUGGAAUUCGAGGAGGCUAGUUCUGCUCAAAAAGCCCUUGAGGAAGUAACAGAGGGAGGUUUCAUUCAGGAAGAGGGUCUGGAUUCAGAGGACGUGGGAACUAUGGAGGUGGCAGGGGUGGGUACAACAAAGGGGAUUUUAACGGCAUUGGAAACAGAGGCGGAAAUCGUGAUGGAUAUCAGAGAUCUGAAAACAGCACUAUCAAUGGGGCCCGCACGAACCGCGUGGUCAAUGCCAAUGUAA